AACGGGCUGUGGAAAGGGGUCCAUUUGGCAUGCCCUCUCAAAAUAGAAACAAUGACACGUGGUUUGUUAAGGUCAAGAAAAUAUCCCGGGACUGCUCGUUGUCCUCUGUUGCGGGACGUCAAGAUCAGUGAUCAUGAUAUAUCUGCCCACCGCUAACUCCGCCCCACACUCUGCCUCCUAUUCUGUUGGAAUGUGGUUGGUGUCUACUACUUAGCUGGACUGAUCUUCAAAAUAAGAUAUACACUCUCAAGGACUUUCUUCUUCUUCUGCAGUUUUUGUAAGGGGGUUUUGACACUGAGGUUUCGGAGUAGUUGGGGGUUGGGGGGCGUUCUCACGUGUCUCCACUUGUGUCACCAAGCGGGUGGGCUGCCAAAGUCAUGCCGGCCGGGUUUCAGCAACUGGGAGGAGAGACGGUGACUGGAACCCUCGCCCUGUCAGUCUUCACUGCUGUACUGGGAUCACUGCAGUUUGGCUACAACAUCGGCGUUAUUAACGCGCCCCAAAAGAUUAUUGAACAGGACUACAACACAACGUGGUUUCAUCGCUAUGGACAGCCGAUCCCUACUGGGACACUUACGUCCUUGUGGUCUUUGUCUGUGGCCAUCUUCUCCAUCGGGGGCAUGUUGUCCUCCUUCUGUGUCGGUUUUGUUUCGGAGUGGUUGGGAAGGAGGAAGGCCAUGCUCAUCAACAACCUGUUUGCAUUCAUCGGUGGGAGCCUGAUGGGAAUGUCCAAACUGUGUCGCUCCUUCGAGAUGAUGAUCCUCGGGCGCUUCAUCAUUGGCUCCUACUGUUUGGCAUCGGGCUUGACCCCCAUGUACGUGGGUGAAAUUGCACCAACCAGCUUGCGGGGAGCACUGGGGACGCUGCACCAACUGGCCAUCGUUAUUGGGAUUCUCAUUGCACAGGUUUUGGGCCUGGAGUCGUUACUCGGCAGUGAGGAAUUAUGGCCUCUCCUGUUGGGGCUGACGGUGGUCCCGACUGUCUUCCAGAUGGGGCUCUUGCCUUUCUGCCCCGAGAGCCCUCGCUUUCUCUACAUAGUACGCUGCCAGGAACACCAUGCAAAGAGUGGCUUGAGGAGGCUCACCGGCCGCCAAGAAGUGGGCGACCUGUUAGCUGAGAUGAAAGAGGAGAAGAGAAGGAUGGACAUGGAGCGUAAAGUUUCCAUUGUGGAGCUCUUUCGCUCGCCUAUGUACCGUCAGCCCAUUGUCAUUUCUAUCCUGUUGCAACUUUCCCAGCAGCUAUCCGGCAUCAAUGCCAUUUUCUACUACUCCACUAGUAUCUUCACUAAGGCCGGAGUACAGAGUCCCGUUUACGCAACAAUAGGAGCCGGCAUCGUCAAUUGCGCUUUCACCGUAGUGUCGCUCUUCCUGAUUGAGAGGAUGGGUCGGAGGACGCUACAUAUGCUCGGACUCGGCGGCAUGUGCAUCUGUGCCAUCAUCAUGACUACAGCACUCAGCUUAUUGGAUAGUGUUCCAUCUAUGAGCUACGUUAGCAUGCUGGCCAUUUUUGGAUUUGUGGCUUUCUUUGAAGUGGGGCCGGGUCCAAUCCCAUGGUUUUUUGUGGCCGAAUUGUUUUCCCAGGGUCCCAGACCAGCCGCCAUGGCAGUGGCAGGCUGCUCCAACUGGACUGCUAACUUCCUUGUUGGCAUGUGCUUCCAGUAUAUUGCUGAUAUUUGUGGUCCGUACGUCUUCCUGAUCUUCGCCGGUCUACUGCUUUUUUUCCUGGUCUUCACGUUCUUUCGUGUCCCUGAGACGCGAGGCAAAACCUUUGACCAGAUUGCCACCAACUUUCAGCAGCACUCUGAUGGAAUGAUGGACAUGAAUAUGGACAAGACCAGCACAGAACUGGACUACUUAGGCGAUGAGAUAACCGAUUAAGACCAGUCUGGGAGAGAGAAAGAGACUCCUUGUAAUGAAAAUGUAUAUUGUUUCAAAUGGUGUGUGGUGUUCUCCAAAUAUUUCUAAGGCCACAUAAGGGAAUUCCUGCACUUUAACGCCAAGUACUGCCACAUUUAGCAGCUUCUUGAACUUCUGCAUAUUUGUUUGUUUUUGUAUUACUUAACAUAGUGAAUCAAAACUGGUAUCAAUAAAUCGUACAAGUAAACAGUCUUGUUGAAAACAUUUAAAAGCUUCUAUUUCCCCAUUACUACGUGCGAGUGUUUUACACACAAAAAUACAACUAACCCAUUGAAAAAUACACAAUACUUGUAUUGGAAAAAAAAAAAAAUGCAAAUUUGAAUCAAUUUCGAAAUAUUUAAAUCUCUGCGUUUAGAAAUGUCCAAUUUUACAUGAUUCUCCACAUCUGAAAAUACACACACAAGUGUAUGUAUACAUAAUGUAUAUACACACACCCGAACGAGUGUAAUGUAUGUACACAAGCAUGUAAUGUAUACACAUGUAUGUAUAUGCCCACACACAUGUAUACAUGUGGGCACAAGUAUAUACAAACGUCAAAAAUCAGUGACGUUAUGUUGUGUAAAUUGUAAAUAAAAAUACAAUUCGCAAAUCCUUUUCAACCUAAAUUAAAAUGAAUAGAUUGCAAAAACAAGCAAUUUAACAUUCAAACUGUAAAACUACAUUUUUGCCAAUAUUACCUCAUUUGUAAUUUGAUGCUUGCAACAUGUUUGAAAAAAAAAAAAAUGGUACAAACGACUGAGAAAGUUGAGGAACGCCCAAACACUUAUUUGGAUCAUCCCACAAGUGAACAGGCUAAUUUUAAACAGGUGGGUGCCAUGAUUGAGCAUUUCAUGGAAGCUGCUUUUAUACCCAAUCAUUGACAAACAAGGAUGGGGCAAGGGUCACCACUUUGAACAAAUUGUCAAACAGUCUAAGAACAUUUCUCAACGAGCUAUUGCAAAGAAAUUAGGGAUUUCACCAUCUAUGGUCCGUAUGACCAAAAGGAUCAGAGAAUCUGGAAAAAUCACUGCACGUACGCGAUAUUACGGACCUUCGAUUCCUCAGACGGUACUGCAUCAAAAAGCGGCAUCAGUGUGUAAAAAGAUAUCACAUGGGUUCAAGAACACUUCAGAAAACUAAAUGUCAGUAACUACAGUUUGUUGCCUCAUCUUUUAGUGCAAGUUAAAACUGUAUGCAAAGCGAAAACUCUUUAACACCCAGCUUUGCUGGGCCUGAGCACAUCUAAGAUGGACUAAUGUAAAGUGGAGAAGUAUUCUGACGAGUCCACAUUUCAAAUUGUUUUUGGAAACUGGACAAAGACCAAAAAGGGAAAGAACCAUUCGGAUUGAUAUAGGUGCAAAGUUAAAAAAAAAAGCAUUUGUGAUGGUAUGGGGAUGUAUUAGUGCCAAAGGCAGGGGAAACGUGCACAUUUGUGAAGACACCAUUAAUGCUGAAAGGUACAUACAGGUUUUGGAGCAACAUCAUGGACACCCCUGCUUAUUUCAUCAAGACAAGGCUAAGCCACAUGUACAUAGUAAGAGUGCAGGUAAUACUGGCCUGUCUGAACAACUUAUGCUGUACAUCAAGCAAGAAUGAGAGUUCCAUCUGAAAAGCUUAAAUUGUUCCUCUGUUCCCAAGCAUUUGCCCCUCUGCCAACAUUUUUGCAAUGUGUUGCUGCUACUAAGUUAAUGAUUUGCAAAAAAAAUAAAACUCAAUUCAAACAAUA